GUGACAGCUGUCAAACUGCCGAUGGCCGCGUAUCCAGCCUACUAGAAUGAAAAGUAACACAACUGUUGACGUUAUUAUCAGUUUGUCCAAUUUUUUUCCUUUUAUUUUUUUUCCCGCGUUUAUUUUACAAUUCCAUGUCAUUGAUUUGCGAUGGCGACAUUGAUACGAAUAAUAAGAGGAAACAGUUACAAAGACGCAAAAAUAGUACAAGCCUUUUGGGCAAAGAUAUCGCGUUUGAAAAAGAAUUCAAAGGUUUCGCAAAGGUGCCCGUUGUGCUGCUCAAUCGUCACGACAUCAACGGCUACUUACCUCCCAAAGGUACAAAGCAGUUGUUAAAAACAUCCCCUGUACAUUUGAGACGUCUCUCCCAAAUAUGCUCGGUUAAACUGAAGCGAGAUGACUUGGACACUCUUGUAACGUCUCUAAUCCCUAAACGCAGGGAUUCGGUGAGUUCUGAUUCUGAUUCUGAAAUAAUUGACGUAAAUAUGGCAGCAAGAUGUAAUAUUUGCGAGAAAUUAUACGCCAAUAACAGAAAAUUACAGAAGCAUCAGUCGAAGAAGCAUAUGAUUGUUUAUGAGAAGCCACAGAAGCGCGUCUCCUUCUCCGACCACGUAAUAAUUCACGAAGUGAAAGAAUACCACAAAUGUAGGAAAUGCUCGAAGAUAUUCGAAGAUUAUAAAUCUCUAAAGUGUCACAUGAAAAGAUAUCAUAAGAAGCGUAAAUGCUACAUAUGUCACUAUUGUAACAAGAACUUUGUCGACCGAAUGUUCUUUAAGGUUCAUAUUAAGUUGCACUGUGAUGUCUGCGGACUGUACCUUCAGAACAAAUCCAAACAUGCCGAACACAAGAGGACAGUUUGUCGCACAUUCAAACUUCACCCUUGUAAGACGUGCAAUGAAUCCUACUUCAAGUUCAUGGACUUGAAAGACCACAGCUACGAACAUUUAGGCACGUUUUUUAUUUGUGACAUAUGUAAGGACCAAUUUCUAACAAAGUGUGCCAUUUCCCAUCAUGUCUCGUUCUUACACUCGAAAGAAAGACCGGUAACAUUAUACGGUAUGAGGAAUUUGGGUACAGAGCGUUUGUAUUUAUGCAAUUUUUGUGACGAAAGCUCUGUAGACAAAGAUGUGAUCGAGGCUCAUGUGAACCUCCUCCCAGACCUAGCCAACAGGGCCAUGACUGGUUACAAAGACUAUUAUUUCUGUGAUCAGUGUCUCAAGAAGUUUGACACUGAAACACAUAUGCUCCAACAUAAAUGGACACAUUUCUUGAAGACGAGCGAUAAUUCCCAAGAACGAGCGGAAACAAAGGUCAAAUACAAUUUAAAUCAGAUUCCGGAACAUAUGAAGCCUAAAGUGGUGUUGGAGAGGUUGAAGUUGGAGAAGAUUCAGGGUGUGCAAACUGUAACGAAUGGGAUUAAAAAGUCCGUUCUUAAAUCGAAGAAUUUGAUGCCUAGACAUCGGUGUGAGAAUUGCGGAAAAUAUUACUCAUCCAGAUUCUGCCUAAACCGUCACAUUGAGACACAGCACUGCGAUUAUGAAAGCCUUCGCUGCAAAGUAUGCGAGGAGACGUUCGUCUGGCCGUCACUCCUGCGCAAUCACAAGUGCAUCCGCCUCAAUCACCCGGAAAUGCCGUUCGACGACGCCCGACCGGAAAUACAUUUCGACAACAUGCAAGAGCUAACCCAGAACGGUUUCGAUGAUUUGAACAUAGAUGAAAGUGAUGAUUAUAUGCAUAUAGUGGAUUUUGAAGUACCUGCGCCUGUCCAGUGCGAUUAUAGUACUAAUAAUGGCGAGAAAUAUGGACAGUUGAACGGUUUAGGAUAUAAGCUGGUUAUGCAGGAGGUGCCGAUUGAGUUUUAAGGUAAGGUAGUAGGAUUUUGUACAUUAUAUGUAACUGAUUAAAGUUGAUUUUAAUAAACUUUACACACCAAAUACAUGUUAACGGUAGGAAUGAACCAAUCAAAUAACUCAUCUGUUUGUCAAUAAUUGUUCUAAUUGGUCAGUUUUAAAUCGGAUCUGAUUACAAAAGAUUCUUAAAGGAAUUGGCCAUGAAUGGGUAAUUUCAACUAAAAUUAAGUAAAUUUGUUUGCCAUCUCUAUUUUACAGUUGAUUUGGCACUUAACUUUUUUUAGAACUAUAUUAAUAGAUGCUCAGUUUUGCUCUUAAAUGCGAUAUCAGAUGAGAUGCUGUCAAAUUAAAUUCAGUUCAAGAUAGUCUUGGUUUAAUAAAUCUGUAUUAAAAUCAGCUACAAUGAUAUCUUAAGUCACAAUAUGGGACUGAUUCUGAUAGCUGAGUUUGGUUUAUUUAAUAGCUCAAUACAAUGAAUGUCUACUUGAGAUGCUACUCAAAGGUGAGAUUGUUUUGUUAAUAUGGCUCUUAAUCUGUAGUUGCAUUUAUUUUGCUGACAUGAAUAAAAUGGCCAAUUAAAUGGUCUAAUCACUAGACUUCAUGUUAUAUUAUUUUCUCUGACUUAAAAAUUAUGGUAUCAAUGAGUUUUUAUGCAACUGAAUCAGGCAAACUUGAUGCAUGCUUCAUGAUAUGUGUUUGCCCUUAAAUAGUAGCUUAUUGGAAUAUAAAAUAGAUUUUUUUGUUUACACUCUAUUUGCCUCCUUUGGGGAGGGAAUAACAUUUGUUAUUUGUAAAUUGAUAUAUCAAUGAAGGCAUUAAAUUAUUAGGAAAUUAUGUGGUAUGCUAUACUUGUAAACUUGAAUUUAGAAUAUGUCUACAUCAGGAAUGGCGAACCUUUAAUGGUUAACGUACAAUUAUUUAAAAAUAUAAAUAUAACCUGUAACAUGCUAUCCAGGAACAAUUUUAUCUAUCCGAGUGCCCCAUUUUAUUAACUUUUUUUAUGGCCCAGCUAUGUAUUUUUUUUUAUCGUGCCUCGGCAAAAUUGCUUUGAGGCCGUUCAAGUAUUACGUAACGCAAUUUGGAGAGGGGGGGGGGGUCAUGUAAACCGCUACGAUGCGUUACAGGCGCAGGGGGGAGGGGUCGAGAUUUUUUAUUUAAAAAAAAUCCAUUGUUACAUAAACGCGGAGGGCGUGGGUGUACAGGAAAACGUUACGGCGCGUUACAUGGGGGGUGGGAGGGUCAAAAAUCUUCAAAAAUUGCGUUACGUAAUACUUGAACGGCCCCUUCUUGCACAUGUUAAGCGAAGUCCAAAGAAAGAUACAUGUACAGUGUUUGGCAUAUUUCUCGCGUUCCCUAAUUAUUUUUUCACGUGCUAUUGGUUCGCCAUCGCUGUUUACAUAAAACAUCAUUAUUGUAUGAAGCAUGCCUAUAAUUUUAGGUUCUGUACACGCAAUCAGUACAUACAUAUACAUACCUAUUUUGUUGAAUAGUUUGGUUUCAUUAUAUUUUGUGUUAACGUUCUAUUUUAAUCUGUAAGGUGUGAGUGUAAGAACGAGUAUAAUUUUAUGGCUACUUUAGUGAAUUCAUUUAUAUUAAAAAUUGCAUUUAUUAAAAAAUGGCGAAUGCAAGCUCUAAACAAUCAAGCAUUCUUGACAGUCAUGACAUCAAGCUGUCAAAGCACGUUCUUGCACUCACUUAGCUAAAUGUGCCAACGCGAAUGCAUAAGGCCGGUUUUGGACGAUGCAUUCAUAUCAAUAUAUCAAGCAUGUUGCGAAUUGACUUAUGUAUUAUAGUAUAAUUGACAGUUCAUGUGGUCUAUGUGUUGAGCAUUUAUAGGCGUAUUCUUAACAUCCUGCUACAGAAUUUAAUGUUAUAUGCAUCGUCUAAAUAAGGCCUAAAUUAGCUAUACCUAUCAAAUUAAGUUGCGUCCACACAUUUUAAGAUGUAACUAUGUAUUUCCCGUGUUCAGGAAAUCUUGACGGUGGUUGUUUAUUAAUUUUUAUGAUUUUUUUAAUGUAAAUAAAUAUAUACUAUCUGUAUUAACAUUAUAAAUGCAAUAGUUGAGAUGUUUGUUACCCAAUCACGGUAGAACGGCUGAAGGAAUAUGGAUUUUAUUUGGCAUAGAGAUAGAUUUUAGUUUGAAAUAGCACAAAGGCUAGUUUUAACUCGGAAAAACUUUUUAACAUGGGCGAAGCCUGUUACUUCACAAGCAGAUUACAUCAAACACAAUUUUUUCGAUAUAUUUGAAUUCCUUUAUUAUAAAUAGCUUUUUUAUUGAAAUUAGUAAAAACUGAAAUAACUAGUAUAUAUAUAACACAGUUAACAUUUUAGACAAAUUCUGUUGAAAUAAAGUUAAAUUGUAAUUAAACUUUGCACCUUUUGAUAUAAUACGUACAUAAAAAUGCAGCUUUUUUCACAGCAAGUAGGUUAUAUCAUUACAUACAAGAUGCCACUAAUGAGGUUUUUAAUGUAUACUCUAAAGGGUCAUUUUGACAUUGCGUUAUUAAAUGAAACCAAAUACUCGUUUUCACCUUUGCUGACAUUGUGCCAAAAAUCAUACUAACGAAUAUUUUCACAAAAAAAUCCUGGUUUUAGUUUUCUGAUUUUUUGAUAAUUUUGUAGUUUAAUGCGAAUAUAUCAUGUGCGUGAGUGUAUUUUUGACUGAAAGAAUAAUGUUGCUGCGACGAAUUAUCUUAAGGUAGUCAAAUUAAAAUUAAUUUUGAUUAUUUAUUUUUUUUUGUUCGAAACUUACAUUUUUUUAUUUUACAUCUACGGUUCAAGAAACUUAUUGUAAAUUGUUAUUUCCAAGUAGAUAAGUAUGUGUCUUCGUUUAGCAAUGCAAUGCCAAAAUGAUCCUUUAUAAAUCGUUUCAUAAUAUGUAUGUAUUUUUAAAGGUAUUUGAAGCCACGUUUGACACACCUUAGGUAAGGAUAGCGGUCUAUCGCUCAAUGCAGUUAAUAAAAUUAUUACUAUAUACAAUAUAAUAAUUAAAUGUAAAUAGUUAUAUAAAAUGACACUUUUCAAACCAACUCCAAAAGGGAAAGGUUUAACUACUCCUUGUAUUUAUAGCGAUAACUUUUCACCCCAUAGUCCGAUUUAAAUGAUUCCUUUUGAGUUUGAUUGCGUAUGGCUUUGUAAUGGUCCCAUUUUAAUUUUAUUAGACCUUGAUCUUUAAAUAUGCGGAGGAGAACUCAAAAUCAAAUAGGAUGAUUCUUUUUAUGUGGGUUCAUUUUACAUCAGUCAAUAAGUACACUUUGACGUCAUUAGUGUAAGUAGGUGUGUAGUUUUAAAAGUCUUGUCUGCUGUAAUAUAUUGUACAUAGAUUAACAGCUUAAGGCCUAUGCAUGUUUUACAACGCUAUUUCUCAAGUACAUCGCUCCACGCAGUUAUACAUUAUUUUUAGUAUAAUACAAAGCCGAAAUUAGUUUGUCGAGAAUCAGUAGCACAAUCCAUUGCACUAAUUUUAACAUAUGUUAUAUUUUAAGAAAGACAGAAAGAAAGAUAAGAAAUUUAAUUUUGCAACAAACACAAGUUACAUACACAUAAACAAACAAGCGAAACAGACAAAAAAGGUCUUAAAACUAUGUUUGUUACAAAAAAAGCACCAACUCAGCACAUCCACGGGUGUUUUAUCCCCAAAACAUUAAAAUUUGAAGUUGGUUAUCUUUUGUACUGAUAAAAAUUCGGCGCAUGUCGGUCGCUCCCUGAUACCUACUACUACAGCCAACCGUUACAAGCACCUUUCCCCACCCCGCGGCCCCGCACAAGUCCCGCUCGUUCCUUGUAGCGGUGCGGGCGGCGUGCUUAAUCUAUCAAUUCCGCCUGAGUUUUCUAUUUUAUUUCCAACAUAAUCAUAUUACUUACAAUUUAAUUACAAUGUGCUCAGUUAUAAAAUGCAUUAUAAAAAUAUAAGAACUAACUAUAUUAAAUACUGGUACCAUUAUUGCACCAGACCGUAAUUCUGUUCUCGCCGUCAAGGACCACGCCACGUUCCCCGU